GCAACAUCAACAGGACACUGAAACUUUUAAACCAACCAUGGAUGCCUCAUUGGACAAUGAAUCUUAUACUGAUUACAGCGAUUAUCUGCCUGAUUUUAUUGACAAUUUCGUGCCUGCGAUUCAGCCGAUCCAGAUAGUCGCUCUGGUCUUCUACGGCCUUGUGGUUCUGUUGGGUGUCCCUGGAAAUGCCCUGGUGUUGUGGGUGACUGGGUUCUGCAUGAAACGCUCUGUCACUUCCCUCUGGUUCCUCAACCUUGCGUUGGCUGAUCUUCUGUGCUGCCUCUCCCUCCCUCUGCUCAUGGUCCCUCUGGCCCAUGAUGACCACUGGCACUUUGGCCCGCUGGCCUGCACCCUGGUCAAAAGCGUGUUUUACCUGGUGAUGUACAGCAGUAUCUUGCAGCUGGUUUUGAUCAGUCUGGAUCGUUGGUUGCUGGUCAGCAAACCCGUGUGGUGCCAGAACAACAGGCGACCUAAGCAGGCUGUGUGCAUGUGUGUUGCUGUCUGGUGCCUGGCCCUGAUAGGCAGCAUCCCACAAUUUGUCUUCACAAAACAGAUCAAAAUAGGUGAAGUCAAGCAAGAGUGUCAGAAUGCGUUCCCCUCAUUACACAGUGCCUGGCUCGUCACCUCCUUCCGCUUCCUGAUGGGAUUCUUCCUCCCUUUCCUGGUUAUUGUGGUCUGUCACUGCGUGGUGUACAGGAGAGCACAGAGUGGAAUGUCACAUGGUCAGACCCGUUCCAAGCGGACACUGAGGGUCAUCAUCGCUGUGGUGUUGAGUUUCUUCCUGUGCUGGCUCCCUCUGCACAUUUUGGACUUCAUCGAAUUGAAUACCCCUCGACAUUCCUCUAACAGCCCGGCAAUUUACCUGGCACAGGCUUUAGCGCUCUGCCUGGCAUAUUUCAACAGCUGCAUCAACCCACUCCUCUAUGUGUGUCUGGGCCGAGGCUUCAAGGACAGCAUGACACGUUCUCUGCGCAACAUAUUCAACUUCAUCAGCGAGGAUCCUACACCCAGGAUGAGCAUCGUUACUACUGAGACCAAGAGCACGAACACUGCAAAGGAGAUGACUAAAAUCUGAGAGUGUACUGACUUUGAUUUAUUGUAUGCUGAGCUCUUCUUUCUCACUGCACUGAGCUUGGAUAUCCAAAUCACUGUGUUUCACCAUCGACAAGUUAAGAAUAACUUGUUUGGUACAUUUACCUGUCAGUUAAACUCUUGUUUGAUAUGAUAUGAAAGUGUGAACACACCAACCUUGCUGUUUGUAUGCACUAUUUUGGAUUGAACAUUUGCAGAGGCAGUUAAAAUGCGUUAAAAUGUUAUCAGGGUUGUCUCAGGAUUGCAAGUCAUGAACUAUUGGCCAAUCUGCCAUAUUUCCUGUGCACAUUCAUGUCUCAUGCAACAAAACUCUUUCCACUUCUGUUUUCUGGCUCCGACAGGCCCCGAUGAUCUCAGAUUUGGUUACUAGGUGUUUCUGGCAUCAAGGGGAAGUUAUCAGGUUUGAUGUAUUACUUUGUAUGUGUGUGUGUUGUAAUUCAUCAAGUUUGUUGUGAGAAAUUAGACACUGAGAUUAAAUGAAUAUUAUUUAAUAUAAUAAACAAUUAAUAGCUAGUUUUUGUAACACCUCACCUUAUGCAACAGUACACUUUCCAUUGUGAUGAAAGAGUCAGACCUCCUGUGUAAUAGUUCUACACCAAGACCACAAGAGGGAGCUACACUUCUCCUGCACAGCUACUGUACAUGUGACACAUAUGACUUGGACUUGUCAUGUUUUUUGAAAUUAAAGAUGUAUAUAAAAUAUUCUUCUUUGAAUAAUAAUUUGUGUCUGAUAUGUUUUUUC